GCUACUUCAUCGGAUCCAUCAAGUUCAGCAACAGGGGUUCCACCUACUUCAGCAUCUCCGGAUCCCUGUCUUUCAAAUCCAUGUGGUGUUGGAAGCACCUGUGAAGCCCGUGCCAACCAGACAUUUGUAUGCAAGUGUUUGCCUGGUGAUUUUUACAAUAAUAUCACCCUGAGAUGUGAAAAUGCCAAAGUUUUCCCUGGAAAACUUUCCCUGAGAAAACCAUUUAAUGACAAAAUGACAAACACCACAUCAAAGGAAUUUAAAGAAACUGCAGAUGAAAUUGUUGCUGCGCUGGAUGAAGUUUAUAAAGGGCAGGACGGUUACUCUGGCUCUAUAGUGCUGAAACUCUUGCCAAGCGCCAGUCGUAUGCUGAGGGCACCCCCAGGGAUCAUUGCUGUACUACAGAUCAUCUUCAAAGCCAGUUCUGAAAUCAAAGAAGAUGACGUUAUAAAGGAGUUAGAAAACAAUACUUGUGAUAACUGUUUGCUGAGUGGGGCAACAUUUGAACCAACAGACCUGUGUGCUGAAAACCCUUGUGAUGUAAAAACUUCAAACUGCACAUCACAGGAUGGAGCUUACAGCUGUACCUGUUUGGAAAAACAUUUUCAAACAGACUUCAGUGACAGAAUGUGCACUGCUUGUCCUAGUGGGUCCAGAUUUAAAGAUAAUACAUGUGUGAAAGAUGAGUUAUAUAGUGACCAAAAUAACACAAACUCCCAGGCUCAACGUCAGAACAACCUCUACGCUGUAAAACGACCCCAGAUCAAACUACACGCUCAGAGCCAAGGCUACGAUAACCCUUACUACCAGUACGACAGUGAAAGCGACUUCAGUUAG